AUGGCGCAAGCACUUUUACGCUUAUGUUGUUAUAUAAUUAGGGACGAUUUUGGUCCAAUUAUUGAGGAAGUGGCCAAAGUGUUAUUACAAAAAGGUCGACUUCCAUUAGUAUAUAUUUCUAAAUUUUCAAAAAAAAGUGUAUCUAAGACUCGUGAAUGUCUCUUUGUGCUAAUUCAACAUAAUUUAGUAUAUUGGACAGAAACUAGAGAAGGUUCACGUAAUUCAAUUCAUUAUUCUAUUGAUCAAAAUGAAGUUUUAGCAAGAGUUAAUUUUGGAAUUUAUAUAAAAUACGCAAAUGAAUGGGUUAGACAUAGGGGAGCUGAUGAGAUUACUUAUUAUAUGCUGUUAAAUGGUAAGGGAACGUUCAAUGGAUUCAUCGAAGAUCGAAAUAUAUCAAAGAGAACGAACAAAUACAAAGAGUUAAAGAUGACGUUUAAAAAAAUUGUGGAAAGACGUUAUCUUACACCAGUAAGAAUAACAGAUUCAAAAUCUGCCCAGGAUAAGGCAUCAGAGGCAGAACAACGCGAAUUAGCAAAAGUCACCAAUUUUAUUCCCACGAAAAAACAAAUGGCUGAAGUGAAAGCUAAACUCGCGGCUGUAACUGAUGAUGACAGUGUUGCAACAGGAUCGAAACGUAAAAUCAAUUUUGAUAGUAUUGAACGACCAACAAAGCAACAAAAAGGAGAUGAUCCAAUUGAUGAAAAUCAAUAUUAUCGUGUAAAUUAUGAAAAAUUUAAUGCUAAAUCGAGAAACAGACAAAUUGUUGAAUUUGUUAAGGCUCAAAUUAAUCAAUCUGCAAGUAUUAUAGCGAAAGUAGUUCUUGACAUUGUAGAUGAUGAGAAGCCAAAUGAUGUGGAAUCAUAUGCAAUAUCAGCUCAAAGAAUUAUUAGGAGUGUUCCCAUUGAAAAGACUGAUUUAUUUAAUCAACAAAUGCAAAGUGCAAGAAGAGGAGUAACUCGCGAAAUUCUCAUUAAACAAUAUUUGGAUUAUCUUGUGGAAUAUGAUGAUAUAUUACGUAAAAAAGAUGAGAAUAUGGGUGGAAUGUAUAUUAUUCGAUAUAAUGAAAUUUGUGAAUCAUUGAAAAAAGAGAUUUUUGAAGAUGUCAUUAUGGAAAAAUAUGGAUUUAAAGGAGUGAGAAUUGUCAGACUCUUAUACGAAAAAAGCAAAUUGGAUGAAAAAGCAAUUGUUAACAUUGAUGAAUCCUUUAGAAGCUCGCCAAAAGCUUACAGAAUUAAUGAGCGGGGUUUUGUACAAAUACAAGAAGUCCCACGAUCGGCAGAUCGAGCACCAUCAAGAACAUUUUAUCUAUGGGAUAUAGAUUACAAAAAAUGUUAUGAUGUAUUGUUGAAUAAUUAUCAUCAAACACUUGCUAAUAUACAUCAAGUGAGAUUUGAUUAUGAAUCGGGAGCAUCAAAGACUCCUAGAAAAGAAAGAAAAAGAAGAUGCAUUACGACAAUUGAAUAA